AUGCGCCUGUCAUUUUGCUUGCGCUCCCGAGGCGAUGUCGAGGGUGGCUACCUCAAGCCGACGCUCAGACCGGUCUUCACGCGCCAGGAAUCAGUGAACAUACUCUCCUACUACCAGUCCCCGCUCGCAGACCAGGGCAUCAGCUACGCGCAGCAGCAGCAGCACCAGCCCAGUGACGCCCCUGCGCAGCGACCUCCCCUUCGGCAGCGAACACUUUCGGGUGGAUCGUCAUCCUCCUCGAACUACUCCGCCGCGUCUGACACCGAGGCGCGUUCAGCAAACUCACCCGCUUCCUCUCGCCCGCGCUCAAGCAUCCCCUCGGACGGUGGCAGUGAUCGGCGCCGGGUGGCUAUAGUAGAGCUCGACCAGCCGCAAGAUCACCGCAAGACGCGAUCAAGCGAGAGCGGUGCCGACGACGUAUUAGCUGAAUCGCCCGGACUACGCUCACGUCGCGGCUUCCGCAACGACCUCCACGGCCUCGCCCUCGUCGCGCCUCCCGACGCGUCGCCAAGGGCGUAUUCAAUGCAAGCGCCACCGACUAGCGCUCCAUCCGCGUCUGGCGAGCGACGCGAAACCCAUCAUCACACACAUCACGGUCGAUCGGCGUCUGAGGCUACACAACCACCUCGCGCUAACAAGGGCAAGCGGGCCAUAGGGAUCGUGGGCACCACUGAGCAAGAGAAUGCGGCGCGCGCACGAGAGACAGCUCGGCGCACCCUGCAACCACCUGUUCUACAGUUCCCGCAGUCGCGGUCACCCUCUCCAGGAGGAACGUCGGAAGCUUCUGGACCACGGCAACGGUCUCCUACGCGCUUUACUGUAUCCUCCGGGCAUCCCCCGUUCUCGAGAAGGACAACCGAACAGUCGAUCCUUAUGACGCCCGAGAUCGGCCAGGAGAAGGAUGUGACCACACGCGUCGCGGCGCCCGUCAUCUACGACUUGCACGAUCAGUCCUACUCGCCCCCGUCCUCCCAUUCAUCCUCGCCGCGGAUCGUCGUGGACAGUCCCGCUGCCCGCAAGUUUCAGGACGUCCCCUCGUCCUACUUGUCGUACCAGCCCGGCGUUCAUUCUACCGCAGGACCUCUCCCUCCCCCUCCUCGCACGGUCUUAAGAAUUGACCCAGCCACUCCCCCUCCUCCACGUCCGCCAAGGCUGCAUUCGCCACCGGUAUCGGACUCCUCGGCUGAGAUGGAUUCUAUACGGAAGGCCAUGACAUUACCCGCGAAUGUCUCGUCAGCAAUCUCUUCGCGAGUGUUGCGCACUCCGGGCUCCGAGACCCAUGCUAAGACACCUACGAAGUCUUCGGAGGCGACGAUGGAAGAUGUCGAUAGUGUUGGAUCCAGCUCAUUCUCUCAGAACUCGCAUCUCGUGUCUCGACCAUCCGUGCAUUGGAGAGAGGGUGCUUUCCCACCAUCUGUGAAUACGUCGUCGACGAGCAGCUCAGAGUACAGCGGGGCGUCGCCGCCGCUAGAGGAUGAUCCUACGAUAUCGCGCUCUAUAUCGCACAUAUCCCACCAGGCCAGCGAGACGCUCACUGAGCGGAACAUCGGUCCUUCCAUAGCACGCGAUCCCUCACCAGCACGCGGUUCCUCACUCGCACAUGAGCCACGAUCGGAAUCACCCACCGAGAUACGCGUGGAGUCGCCAGAAGGCAAGAGUCAGUGGCUGGACAUGGACAGCGAGUACGAAGACCGCGGCUCGCGGCUGACGCGCUACACGUCCUCCGCGACGGGCCACUCGUCAUCACGCGCCAGCCACUCCCCAACGCGCACGGAGUCCAACCUGGAUCACUCGGAGGGCCUGCCGAGUCCCCCGCCGAAGAGCUUCCGGAAUAGCUUUGCCGUCAACGUGAAGCGGUUCUCGUCCUUGCCGCGCACGCCGAUGAGUCCCGCCAGUGACCGGCGCGUACGACAUGGGCUGUCACUUGACCGGGGACCGUCGCCACCUAUCAGUAUACCGCUGCCACAUGCGCCCCGCCCGCAUAAGCGGAAGAAGGACCCGUAUCCGUCUGCGCUGUUUUGUGCUGAGGUGCAUUCAGAGAGGAAUACGGUCGAGCGGUGCUCCAUAUACAUCGAGAAGAUCAACGAGCUGUACAACUAUGACAGUGGAUUGGGCGACUGGAUAGCGGCGGUCAAGUUCAAAUCCACUGUCGAACGCUCGAAGCCUUACUUGCAAGGCGUAUCAUCCCCGCCUAUGGCACAGACACCAAGACAUCCUUCUCGUGGCUCAGAGAUUUCGGAGGUCACCUUCCCUGUACGGCUGGACUCGACAACAGCUACGGACCUCACCGCUCGCUCGGGCGAUAGCUUAGCACCAACAUCACCACCGCCAGAGCUCCCCUACCAAUCCCUCGCCAACUCACUCGCCAGCUCGCCCGGCAAGUCACCCAUACCUCUGCGGGCAUCGCCUCUCACGAACACGCCGCCCACGAGUAUCCGCUCGCUCGUCGCGCCGCACAAGCCAGGCUUCUUUGCGUCGCUUGGAAGGAAGACAAGCGUGAAGCGCGAGCGGCCACAGAUCUCGAGCCCGAUAAGCCCGCCUGGGCCGAAGGUUCUGACGAAGAGUCCGCCCUCUGCGUCAAGGCCGCCGAUCGCGCUACCUACCACCAGUGCACCGAGCGUACCUGGUGGCCCGCGCGCUCUGCCGAGUCGGCACUUGUCGCGGAGGUCGCAUACAGCGUUCCCUGGGAUGCAACGCUUCUCCGCGCAGCCUGGGAUGAGCGGCGCGAUGUCGGACUCGGGGCACUCGCGCACAACACACGCGCACACCUCGCUGCUGCGUCGGCCGUCUCUCAGCGCGGUGCCGCCCAUGCGCUCGUCAUCGUCUUCACCCCCGAAGGUUGCGCCGACUUCCUCCAAGUCGGGAGGUGGGAAGGCGCAGGCUCAGCGCGACGACCCUGAGUUCAAGCGGCAGCUCGAGAACCUCAUGAACCUCCUCCCGCACGCGGACAAGGACACGCUCUCGGGUUACCUCCGCCGGACGGGGCAGGACAUGCUCGCGCUCGGGCAGUACAUAGACGACGAGAAGAAUGGGCGCGUACGUCGGGACUAG